AUGAUGCGGCCGACGAGCGCGUCGAAUGGCAAGUGGGUGAAGGGCGGCUUCCAGGCCAAGAUGGACCGCAAGGAGGCCAUUCAGAUUCUGGGCCUGCGGUGCGUGUGGCCGACUAACGGCAGCGAAGCGAGCGUGAACCGGAACCGCAUCAAGGAUGCGCACCGCCGCAUGAUGAUUGCGAACCACCCUGACCGUGGCGGCUCGCCGUACCUCGCAAGCAAAAUCAACGAGGCGAAGGACCUGCUGGAGCGCACAACGUCGCGCUAG